GUUGGACGUCGGGAACAAGCGUCAAAUAUGUAUCGAGACGUGUACUCCGGAUGGUUGAAGCUCCUCGGCGAUGAACAUGGAGACACCAUUGAUGCAGGCUACAACUACGCGACGUCCCUACUCGAUCUACACCGCCACGCAGAAGCGAGGUCGCUGCUGCGCAGAACGACACCCGUGGCGCGACGCGCCCUCGGAGAAAAUGAUAGUAGGACGCUCAGGAUGAGGCGGGCUUACGCGGAGUCACUCUGCAGAGCCGACGGCGCCACCCUCGACGAUCUCCGCGAGGCCGUGACGACGCUCGAGGACGCGGGACGGAUCGCGCGGCGCGUGCUCGGC